AGCCGUGCGCGCUGGGAGGGGUGUCUGGCGUUGUGUCCCGGCCCGGGUGGCCCGGGCGUGAGGAGCGGGCGCCCCCCCCCGGCCCCCGUGACCCUUCCGCUCAUCCCGGCUCCUCUUGGCUCUCGCCUUCCCACCGCCCCCUUCCCCUCGCCUCCAUUGGCUGCGAUGGCGGGUCUGCCGCAGGGCUCUUCGUCCACGAGUAAAAGCCAUUGGCACGAUUGCAUCGACCAGUCGGGCAUCCUCUACGAGUAACUGGCGGCUUGAUGGCGGAGCAACUCGCCCGCAUCUUCGGGACCGAGGAGGACCGCGUGAACUGCCCGUUCUACUUCAAGAUCGGCGCCUGCCGAAAUGGCGACCAGUGCAAUCGUCUGCACAACAGGCCGACCAUGAGCCAGACGCUGCUGCUGUCCCACAUGUACCCGAACACGCCCGAGUCUCUCGCGCUCGCCAACGACGAGCCCUGGGACGACGACAUGUAUGACCGCGCGCAACAGCACCUGGAGGCGUUCUACAUCGAGGUUUUCCUGGAGCUGGCCAACUACGGUGAGAUCGAGGAUCUGGUCGUGGUUGAUAAUCUGUGCGAUCACAUGAUCGGCAACGUGUACGUCAAGUAUUACCACGAGGAGGAUGCCGAGCGCGCGCUGAUGAAGUUGACAGGCCGUUUUUACAGCGGCAAGCUUAUGCAGGCGGAGUACACCACGGUGUCGGAUUUCCGCGAGGCCCGAUGCCGCGCGUUCCACGAGACCCGCUGCAACCGCGGGGCCUACUGCAACUUCAUGCACAUCAAGCACAUCCCUCGAGCAAUCAAGCGCCGUGUCGUGCGUGAGAUGUACGACGACCACCCGGAGUAUCUGGGGCAGACUCGUAGCAAGAAAGAGAAGGACAAGGACCGGGACCGCGACCGCGACCGCAAGAAGGACAAGGACAAGGACCGGGACCGCAGCCGCAGCAGGCGCCGCGACAAGGAGAAGAAGGAGAAGGAUGGCGAUGACAAGGAGGGCGCUCCUCCUGCUCGCCAGACUUCUGAAGAGCGCCGCGCCAUGAUCGCGCAGUGGAACCAGGACCGGGAGGGCGGCGGCGGCGGCGUGAUUGGGUGAGCGCCGCCGCCUCCUCUGCCAAUGCCGUGCGGCCGACGCGGGCGCCGACGCGGGGCGCCCGAUGCGGGCGCCGACGCGGGGCGCUGGUCUGCCCUCGCCUCCUCGUGAGGAGCCCAGUGGCGGCCUGCGACGCCGGGUGUGAGCGACUGGGAGCGGUGGGGGUUAGCGGCGCGCACGGAGCGCGGGGCCAUCACGGGAUGGUCACGUGCUGCACAAGAGCCUCUCGGGAGCGCCGGAGCGCGGCCCGAGCAGAGGGGGCAGCUCAGACACCAGGCCCCUGGUGGCUCUGAGGAAGGUGCUGGCGCUGCAUCGCGCAGUCAGGGCGCUCCUUCCCUCGCCAAGCCGCCGUCCUCCCUCCUACCUCCUCCUCCUCCUCCUCCUCCUCCUCCUCCUCCUCCUCCUCCUCC